CAGGCGCCCUGCGGAGACAAGAUGGCGGCGCCCGUGGACCUGGAGCUGAAGAAGGCCUUCACCGAGCUGCAGGCCAAGGUGAUAGACACGCAGCAGAAGGUGAAGCUGGCCGACAUCCAGAUCGAGCAGCUGAGCAAGACGAAGAAGCACGCCCACCUCACCGACACGGAGGUCAUGAUGCUGGUGGACGAGACCCGCAUGUACGAGGGUGUGGGGAGGAUGUUUAUUCUUCAGUCUAAAGGAGUGAUUCAUAAUCAGCUCUUAGAAAAACAGAGAAUAGCCGAAGAGAAAAUUAAGGAAUUAGAGCAGAAGAAGUCGUACCUGGAGCGGAGCGUGAAGGAAGCUGAAGAUAACAUCCGGGAAAUGCUGAUGGCCCGAAGGGCGCAGUAGCUGUGCGGUUCCCCCCAGGACUCCCACGACACCCUCUGGGUGGUUCUGGGCAGCUCUGCCUGCGCGCACUGCUCACCACCGCCCAGCCGCACAAGCACCGUUCUGUGGCAGUUUCAAUAAAACUCUGCUGCGAAGCCUGA